GAUGGGAGCUGGGAGGAAAGAUGGCGCCGCUCACCGCGGUGCAUUGUGGACCGCGCGGCAACCUAAUGGCGGCGCCCAGGCAGCGAGCGGCGAGUUGGGGUCGGUGGUUUUGUACCGCUACCGCGCCUCGACCGUGGCGGCUUUUUGGGGCGAUGUGUCUGCUGCGGCUUCCCCGCAUCACGCAGCCCCUUGAGAAGGAGGAGGAAGACAUGAUGGCCCUCAUGGAGCAGAUAGAGCUGGAGAAAAGCCACUAUUCAGAUCAUGAAAUCCGUAAGCUGGAAGAGGAGGAGCAGCUCAGGAGGAGGAAGGAAAGCAUGUAUGAUGAUGAUGAGGCACCGGGCAAAACAGUCAUUAUGGCUCAAGACCUGGAAGACAAGUGGGAACAGAAGUUACUGCAAUUUGAAGCUGCUCCACGGAUAACAGAUGCUGAUAAAAACAAUAUUCGAACAUCGUUGGACAGGAGGCUGGACAGUAACCUGAUGCUCCUGGUGAAGCAGAAAAUUGGUAACCAGGAACUGUGGCUCCUGCCUCAAGUGGAAUGGCAGCCUGGAGAGACGCUGCGAAGCACAGCUGAACGAGCCAUGGCUACGUUUUUGGGAGAUCGCAUUCAAGCCAAAAUCCUGGGGAAUGCGCCAUAUGGGAUUUACAAGUAUAAAUUCCCCAGGGCCAUCAGGACUGAGGGUAACGUGGGAGCCAAAGUAUUCUUCUUCAAAGCCUUCCUCCAAAGCAGUGAUUUGUCCCAGGCAGAGCUGAAGGAAGAUUACCUGUGGGUCACAAAGGAUGAGCUAGGAGAUUACUUGAAGGCGGAAUACCUGAAAAAAGUCAAUCGAUUCCUUCUGGACUUAUAAGCCAUAGGCUGUGCUCCAGCAGGUGGGGAAGAUGUGGGACGCGACUCUGGGGAAGAGCAGAGCUGCUGCUUGGCGUGGUCUGUGUGCAUGGGAUGUUAACUUGGGCUCUGGAGGAUAAUUUGCCUUUGCCUUAUUUCCCAGUUCUCUUCACCGGGCCUGUACUAAAUAAAUAUUAAAACUUA